AUGAUUCCGUAUAUUUUGAGCAUUUUACACAACUCGGGAACGUCACAAGAUGUCUCGUCGAUUUGCUGGAAGUUGCGACAGUUCAAUUUUACUGAACAAGUAACAGGCGAGGAGCUCGAAACCUCUGCCAAGGAGGCACUCGAAAAAGUCGUGAGCAUGGGACUUGUCCGAAAAAAUGCUGAAACAGAUACGUACGCACUUGCAAACAAGUGGUAUGCACCUGAAGGACAUUCCUUCCAGAUGCAACUGCAUGAAGUUAUAAAUAGCAUGCCGGAUGCACUGGAUGAAUCAUCGGAUAGUUCUGCCGAAGGACUCGCUACCACUUCUCAUCUGCCGUCAGACUGUAUGGGACCGGGAAUGGGACAACGUCGAAGUCCCGCCCAAAUACGAGCUAUUGCCAUUUAUAGAAGGAUGCGUGAGCAACGCGAACGGGAAGAACGGGAAGCAGCAGCGCAGGCCAGAAAGCGGCGUAACUCUGGCUCUCGAUCGCGAUCCCGCACGCGUCGUUCUACUUCAACCCGAUCGCGAUCCCGCACACGUCGUUCUAGUUCAAACCGAGCGCGUUCGCGAACAAAACAACGCAGGUCGACGGCACGUUCACGAUCACGGUCGACUCCACGAGCUCGCAGCCGUUCUCGACGACGUUAA